AUGAAGCGCCAUUACAGAAGGCAACUGCUGAGAAAACUGCUGAUCGAAGGUGCUGGAGAUGAAGAAUUGGUUUUGGCAAAUCAUAUCAAAAUAAAUUUAAAGGACUGCUGUUACAUGGUAGUGGAAACUUGGAGUUUGGUUACGGCAGUGACGCUAAGACGUGCGUGGAAUAAACUGAAAGGCCUACCGUCUGAGAAGAACAAAAAAAAAGAAUCUGAAGAAAAUGAGAAACAAGAAUAUGGAGAGGAUGAUGAUGAUGAAGAUGCGUUGUCACUAGAGGAAAUAAGAAAAAUGAUUGUAAAAAUUCCUGGUUGUACAGAAGUAAGUGCUGAAGAUGUAGGAGAGUGGAUGGCUUGUGACACGUCUGACCCUGGUUUUCAAAUUUUCAAUGACGAUGAAAUUGUUGUAAGUGUGAGAGAAGAUGUUGAAGUGGAAGUGGAAGAAGAACUUUCUGCUGAUGUUGAAGUAGACGCUGGACCAUCAGCUAGUGAAGCAUUUGCCGGCCUCGAGACUGCUUUGAAGUGGAUGGAGCGUCAGCCCGAGUGUGAUCCCUUGCAACUGCUCACCGUCAAGCGAAUGCGUGACCUGGCUGCCCGAAAACGGUUGAAGACCGCAAAACAGCUUACAUUGACGGAGAUGUUUAAAAAACAAUGA